GUUUUUUUAUCUUUCUUUCGCCAGUUAGUCCGUCGGUUGAAGGAAAAUGCUAUCAAUGAUUCUACUAUGUUGAAUCAUUGUCAUUACUUUGAAAUUCCUAUACAGUUCUAAGAUAUAUUUGCAACAUAACAUUAAUGAAGAAUAUUCAGUACCGGUAUUGAUGGCCAAACUACCGAAUGGAUGGGUUCAGCUGGUACCUUUCUGAAGGCUUCCAAGUGAUUAUUGAAAAAUCUAAAGAAGCAAAAUGUUCUUUAAAAGACAUACAGUUGCGUUUCUUGUGCCCUGAUGAUUUGGAGGAGGUCCGAUCUCUUUGUAGAGACUGGUUUCCAAUAGAAUAUCCACAGUCAUGGUAUGAAGACAUAACAUCAUCGGAGAGAUUUUUCGCUCUGGCUGCAGUGUACAAAUCGCAAAUCAUUGGUCUGAUAGUGGCUGAAAUCAAACCGUAUCUAAAACUGAAUGCUGAGGACAGAGGAAUAUUGUCCAGAUGGUUUGCGUCAAAGGACACCCUUGUCGCAUACAUUUUAUCCCUAGGUGUAGUUCGCUCGUACCGUCGGUCAGGGGUAGCUACAAUGCUCCUGGAUGUGCUUAUCAACCACUUAUCUGGACCCAUGCCACAACCACCCCAUGAGCAUCGUGUCAAAGCCAUCUUCCUUCAUGUACUCACCACCAACUCUGAAGCUAUUCUAUUCUAUGAGAAAAGAAGAUUCCGCUUGCACUCAUUCCUGCCUUACUACUAUUCGAUCAAAGGUCGUUGCAGAGAUGGCUUCACUUACGUUUACUACGUGAACGGGGGUCACGCACCGUGGGGAUUAUACGACUACGUUAAAUACGUGGCUCGGGCCGCGUGGCGAGGCGGUGGCUUAUACCCGUGGCUUUGGGGCAAACUGAGAACUGCGCUCACUAUCGCCUGGCACAGAUACGGUUCACAAUUGCAUGACGCCGCCCUUACAAUGCGACGGAGACGUGCCGCGAUACGGGACUGCGGACGGUUUCCAAUGACCAUGCAAUCUUAAACUGGACUCCGUCAUAUCGAGGUUAAUGCUUUUUACCGAGCGUUAAAAUAGUAACGCAUUGAAAUCACAAACUUAUCGCACCACGUCAUCCGUUACAUGAGUAAGGUGUGUUAUAAUAGGCCUUAUUUUGUUAUUGUAAAAUUUUGCACCUAUUUUUAGUAAAAAUGUAUUUUUAGGUAUUCGAUGUUUGUCUAAAUUAAUUGUGUUUGUUGAUUUCUUAUCAUGAUGCGAUGUAAUGGUAUCGUUCCUUAUUUUGAUUGGUUACUAUAUAUUAUUAUACACUACAAUAGUAUGUUGAUAAUUAUCAUAUUAUUUGUUACACAACUUUCUCAGAUAUACAGGGUGAAAUUGAAUGUUUUAAUGAAACUUCGUGGGAAUGUUGGGUUACGUAUAUAGAGUAUCUCUGAUUUUUUUCGGAUUUUUUAAAAAUAAUUUAAAAUAAAAUUUUUUUUUUGUUAUAUUUUAAGUCCUUUCCUCCUUUUGGGUACUAAAUAAUUAUUCUUUUAAAACAUGCAUACAGAGUAAGUAAAAAACAAGUAAUAAGCACUACUAAAAAAGACGUAAAAACAGGAGACGGGCGGCCGGGAGCAAUGACCGCUCCCGCCGUUGAAUACCUUCCUGCCUACCUAUCUAGGUAUGCGCGGUGCACAGCGCAGUGUGCGAGCGGAGUCUCAAGCGCGCGUGCGUAUCUUUUAAAUUUGUGACAAGACAAGAUUUGCAAAUAAUGCCUUGAUUAGUUCUUGUUCUGUGCCCUCAAUAUAAGAAUUUGGAUAUGGUGUGUUGUUAUUGCGAGUGUCACGGAAUACUCAGCAGAGCCACAAGGCUUUACGAAAGUAGGUUUGGUGAUUUAUUGGGAAGUUAUAGAGAAAAAAAUUAAUAGGUACAUCGGUCUCGUAAGUACUUUUGAAUACCUGGUAAUAAAUUUCAUUCUGACCCAAGUAUUGAACUGCAAUAAGUAUUUCUUUUUGUUUAACUUUUGCCUAUUUCCAAUCGUGACAAAAUUAUUAUUAACUUUUUAAGUUUUUCUCUGCUUAUGAGAAGAUGACAUUUGUGCUUAUUAUUUCAAUUUCAAUAAAGGCAUCUAAGACGAUUUUAUUGUAUUGUGUGGAAUCAAACGAGUCAGCUGAGCUCUGUGUACGUACCUACUCACUCAACGGCUGGCGGGCGCGGUCGGUCGUUGACCCGCGGUGGAAUUUUACUGUUUUUUCGUUUUUUAGAAGUGCUUAUUUAUUAGUUGUUUUUCACUGGAUAUGUAAGCAUGUUUGUUUAAUAUGAAUAACUACUCAAAAGGAGGAAAAGACAAAAAAAUACACAAAUUAUAAAUAAAUACAUGAAAAAAUAUACUUCAAAAAAAUCCGAAAAAAAUCAGGCAUACUCUAUACUCGUAACCCAACAAUCUCACGAAGUUUCAUUAAAACAUUCAAUUUCACCCUAUAUAUUUGCUUUGUAAUUUUUACUAUUUGGACACAACUGGAUUAGCCCGCAUUGUGGGAAAAAGCGAGCAAUCUUUAUAUAUAUAAUUCUUCUGUGAGUGUGUAUGUCACUGAACUUCUCUUAAACGACUGGACCGAUUUUGAUGAAAUUUUUUGUGUGUGUUCAAGGGGAUCUGAGAAUGGUUUAGAUUCACAAUUUUGUCCGCUGGACAAUGUUUUUUUAAUUAAUUUUUUUGAUGGCGGUACGAAGUUCGCUGGGUCAGCUAGUUUUAUUAUAAAAAUAGUAUGCAAGACGAACACGCAUAUGAUUUAUUUUUUAUUUUUAUAUGCAUUUCUGAUGAAAACAGUAGCAUAACUGACGAAACUGCGUGUUGUGAUAUUGGUAUUUAUGGUACAUACAGAAUUCCCGGCGAUGAUUUAGAAAUUUAAAACUCAUGCUGAUUUUGUAUCUUUCCAGUUGAGACAGUAUGGGUCAAAAUGUUUUUCACUUUCUAAUACUUAAUAUUUUUGAGGCAUGCUUAAAUCCUGGUCAAAAAUUGUUGGUUACAAAGUCAACUGAAAUAACUCUUACUUACUUUAUUUUAUAUUGUUCUAGUUUAAACGCGGCUCGUACAGAGCUUGAAAAGGUAAAUGCCGAGGUCGGUGGCAUAUUCUUUAUAUUUUAUAACUAGCAGCUGGUUUUUUUUUCUGAAUGCCUACAUUCAACCUCUACUGUUGUUAGUUGGCAUUUUAUAAUAUAGGUACUUUGAGUUAUUUAUUUACCAAUUGACCAAAAAUUUUAUGACUCUUCUUUUUGUUGUAAACUUUUCACAAAUACUGUUUUCACUUCACUUUUAUUUACAUAUUAUGUGUCAAUAAGUAACCUUCCAUCUAAAAUCGGUUACUCUCGAUAUCAUUUAGUAGUUAAGUUUUAAGUAAAAAUAUACUAUAUUUCCUACUGUCACUGUUAACUUUUCCUUUGGAAUAGAUAAGUAUUUCACUGAUUAUAAUUAAUUUUCAUUUGAACGUAUUCUUGGUAGGUAUUUAUACACAUACUUAGAUAUUUUCGUAUGAGUGCGUUUUGCACCGAACUUUAAGGGGUGUUGUACCAAUGAGGGCUACCGUUUUCUGCCUCACCAGAUGGCGCCACUGUUGAGUGAGGUCCUAAAUUGUAACUUUUAAAGUUUAUUAAUACGCACAUGAAAUCAAAGGUUACAUUUAGAUCGUAUUUUAACACAAAAGAACCAUAUCCUAAACAUAAUAGGCCAUGCCACAGUGACGCGCAGUUCCGUUUUAUUCGGAAAAAAUGGGAACAUAAUCAUUUUUCUAAGCUCAAAUUUUUAAUAACUGACAUUCAUUGCCACAUAAAUUAAGCCGAAUUGUUACCAAUUAUUCACAACAUUAUUUUAAUUAGAAAUAAACCCGCGUAGUCAACCAACAAGCAAUAACAUUUGACAUUUCGGAGACCUCACGCUACACUAGCGCCUCUAGCGGCGGAUUCAUACGCGAUAGCCCUCAUUAUGAUUGUUUGGUUCGAGAAAAUUUCUUUAUCAUUAAACAAUAAUAUUUUUUAAAGCACAAGGACAUUUUUAAAAUAAUUGUUACUUUGAUGAAAUAAUGUGACACAAUAAAAAAUCGUCAAUCGAGCUUAUCGAGAAAGGUUAAAUAUAUAGAACAAUAAACACUGACGAAUCAUUUAUGAUAAAAUCCAGUUGACCAUAGAUUUUUUUAACAUUCAUCUGACCGAAAAUCUUAUUCAGAGUUUCAAAUUGACCAUAAAAAUUAAAGCUUUUUUAAAAUUAGUCCGCACAUUAUAUUCGCGCGGCUAUUUUUAAAUAAUAAUAAAAUAUCUAGACAACUAUACACUGGCUAGGAACUAAGCAACAACUGGAGAUCCGUUAUUCAGAGCUGGAAUGACUCAAAUACAUUGAUACUCAAAUCAAAUAACGAAUUUAUUAAAAAUAUUAUAGUAGCAUAUUUACGCUAGCGUCAUCCACGCAGGUAGGUAUACACCCCGGCAAACUUUUUGAGCAUCGACCAUAGACGAGAAAGCCUACGCAGUAGAAAUUUUACAUACGACUUCCUCUGCGUAAGUUUCUCUGUGGUUUUGCUCAAGUAGUUUGCUGCUACAUAGGUAGCCUGCCUGCAAAACCGUAAUGUGUCAGUUUAAAAUCUAUUCAAAAUAUGUGAUAAUUUUACUACUUUAACGAAGGUUUAAAUUUGGAUCGAGAGUACUUUCAUAUUUAACGGGUUUUUUUUACCUGACGUAUAUCGACAUUAUUACAUUUUUGUCAAGUGCGUUAACAAAACGAGUUAAGCAGAAAUAUUGUAUGUACAGUAUUGUGUGCCAUGAUUAACUGCCAAGAAAUAUAAAGUAAGGUGCCUGUGUGUUCAGUAUAAAAUAGUUCAGUAAUUUAUGAAUAAACGAAUAAACUCUUUAUAACUUAAACUAAUAUAAAUAUAUGUACGAAAAACAAAUGAUGUGUAAUAACCUUGAUAUUAAUUUCUCAUCGAAUGGAGAUAUCCUUACUCUGUUUAUGUAACGCUCGUUCAGUUGUCUAUGGCUGUUUUAAUCGCUAUUUCUGCACUAACCGUAUCGUAAUGUGCGUAGUGGAGUGGUCUACAUGUUUACUCAACGCAAACCAAAGUAUUUUUAAUGAUUUCAUAAUUUUAUGUUAUUUUAACUCAACUUAUCUACGUUUUAUUGUAAAGAAGUAUUAAAUUAUUUGUUAAGUGUUUUUUUAUGAUAAUUAAUUAUUAGUAUUAUUUUUGGACCACAGUAUAAAUUAUUUGAUAAUUCCAAUAGUUUUUUUUUGUAAAAUAUGUGAUAUUGCCUUAAUUGGGUGUACGGUUUCGGUAUGUAUGUAUGUAUGUAUGUAGGCAUGUUUUUUUCACAAAAAGUGCGCUAAUUGGGUUUCGGAAUAUUAUGAUAAUGAUAUUGAUAUAUUUUGUGAUGUACAGAGGCUAAAAUGCCUACUUCUUAACACUAGCACUUUAAUAAUAAUGAAAAAUGUUAAAUACGAAGUUUAUGUUAUAUUUCUACUCUACACUUUUAGUACAUGACUAUUGUGAAGAAAAAAGAAUUUAGCUUCCAAAUAAAUAUCAUUGUUGACUAUACGGGCUUUAUUUUUUACCCAAGUUAUUAAAAUUAUAUCCUUACUCUAUUUUAAUUAAUAUUUUAAUUAAGUAAAUAAAUAAAAUAAAAAUAAACGAGGACAAGGACGAAAUUAAAAAAAGUCUAACAAUUUCAGAAAAUCUUUAAUUUUAAUAAUUGCUUCUUUUUUUCAUCAACUAUGCUGUACAAACUAUAUCGCUUAAAUUAGAAUUAGCAAUUAAUAAUUGCACGUAAAAAAACUUAACAAAUAGGUACCUUCAACUUUUCGAUUGGAAUGAACGAUUAUUACAUUACGUAAUAUAGUUUUUUUUUUUACAUUAUUUAUAACCCUACAAAUGAAAAUCUAUAUUCAACAAGCAGUCACAAUCGCCCAAUGAUAUGUUAAAAUUAUUUAUAUAUUUUUCAAUAGUUUAUUGCGAUCUAAGUAUAACUGCGGUAGUCAUUGGCCGAGGGUGUGGGGGGCGAAGGCCUACGAGACGAGGCUGUCGCGCUCCUGCGCACCGCCCUUGUGAUUCUGCCCUUUGAAGUCUUUCAGUCGAAUAGGCGACGAUUCACUUCCCGAAUCACCCUGCACAGGUAAAAUAUAAAUUAAGUACGUACCCAUGAAAUUAUAAAGAAGCUCGUAUUGGUUGUUACCAUGCUUGAAAACAACUUAUUCCAAAACAUGUACUAAAAAAGUUUUUUUUUAUGUUAUAGGGGGCAUACGAGCAGACGGUUCACCUGAUGCUAAGUGAUCACCGUCGCCCAUGGACACUUGCAACACCAGGAGUAUCACAAAUGCGAUGCCGGCCUUUAAGGAAGGAGUACGCUCUUUUUUUGAAGGUUUUUGGGUCGUAUUGGUCCGGAAACACUGCUGGCGACAAUAUAUUCCACAGUUUUGUCGUACGUGGUAAAAAAUUUCGUCAAAAACGAACGGUUGCGGAUAGCCACGCAUCAAGAUGAUGGGGAUGAAAUUUUUGUCGCGAUGUACGAUGGCAAAAUGUAGCAGCUGGAAUUAAUCCGAACAAUUCCUCAGAACACUCCCGUGAUAAAUGCGAUAGAAGAUGCAGAGCGAAGCUACAUCCCUACGCAAAGCCAAAGGAUCAAGCUGAUCGGAAAGGUCCUGGUCGUCGACGAUUCGAGCCGCUCGGCGCUGGAUGCGAUCCAAAGGGAGAAGCUGGUACUGGGGUGCCCCCGCCCAAAGAUGAAAAGUAAACUUGGUUUAAACUUAACGUUGUUACUAUUUUGUUUUAUAGCAAACAAAUGAGAGUUUCAUUUUUGAACCAACUUUAACUUUUCCCGCGAUCUCCUUUAAAGCUUAAGAAAAGUCUCAUGUGACAAGACUUUAACCACUACUAAGCUCAAGUUUAGGUCAACAUUUAGCAAGUAUUUGAAGGGAGAAUCUACGUACAAUUUUGGAUUGGAAACAUGUAUAUAGGCGAUGCGCUGGCUACCCAAUGAACCUUAAUCCAAACUUAAUUACCACUGACAUUGUCAAGUACUAUGACAAAUUACCUAUACUAGAUCUACUGAUAUUACAUAUAAAUCCAAAAGUAUGUCAUUUAUCAGUUUUUAUGUAGCUUUUUCACUCCUGAACCGCCUAAAUGAUUUCAUCAAAAUUGGUAUGAUUCCCAUACAAAGUUUGAUGAAAAUCGGUUCCUCAUAAAAAAGAUAUUUCUUUAAUUAAGAUUUACUGUAAUUAGCUCGUUAUUGGACCUGGGGCACAACUGGUUAUGCAAUGCAGUUGCUUUAUGGGUACGACGCAAAAUUAUUAAUGACUUGUCUAAUACAGGGACUAACGUUAGCCCCGAGGGAGGUACUUUCUUGAAGCAGCAGCUCGCUGUCCGUGCCGCGCGCCUCCUUGUUCUUCAGUAUAGAGCGCGAGCGAGAGUCGCCUUCCAACGGCCAGCCGCCGCCUCGCUUAUUGCCGUUUUUACCUGCAGUAAAACUUUUACUAUCAAAUAAGCCAGUCUAAGUAUGAAGCUUUCGGUACACCGCCGCUAAUUAUUUUCAGAAAGAUUUUAUACAACAUUUGCAGUAAGAUAUUCUACUACGAACACGAGUGAGAAGUGACUGCCGCAAUAGGUAACGAAAAAAGUAGCAACGUAACUAGAGAAGACAAUCGUAUUCCAACCUAAUGAAAUCAGUUAGGUAGGUAUUUUGAUUGUUCUAACAUUUCCUCCUCCUCUCCGCUCCUACGGGGUUGGUGCUAGCGAAUGUAGACGCGAUCAAUGGCUAAAAGUGCUUUUUGAUGCUGCUCGAGAUAAUAUUUUUUUGUUACUCGCCCUAAAGUCCUCUACGCACUAUCCAACUUGCUGGUUCCAGCAUGAGGGACAAGAAGGUGGGUAUGGGUAAAAGAGAUCCUAUAUCCAUAGCGCUGUACCGCAUGCUAGAUCCAGCAAGAUGGAUAGUGCUUAUAGGACUUAAAAGCGGUCAUUGCGCCUGCCCCAUCGAAUUCCUCACAAAAGCUCGUAGUUGUGUAAAAAUUGUCGUGUGUAGAUAGUAUCUACCAUAUUUGCUGAAUACCUUUCUUUCCAUUCAUAGACUUCAAUACCCAAAAUAUAUGAACAAAAUCAUAUUACUUAUUCACUGUUCAUAAACCGUAAUAGAUAAUUCUGUCACUGAAUGUGUGUUUUCCUGUUGCUGCUUUAACGAAAAAUAAACUUUAACGGAUAUUACCAAAAAGUAUAUGGUGAUUGAUUAUCCUCGUAGCUAUCCCUCUCGGUGGCCUCUUCUCCUCCUCCGUCCAUUCCUGUAUAACAAUACAACAAGUAUGAUCUUUGACAUGAUACUGAUAAAGAAAAUAUUCCAUCAUUAACAUAUUCGGGAAAAAGGGAAGGAAGGGGCAUGCACUUCACAUUGAACAAUACAUGCAAACAUUUAGAACAAACAUGAUCAGAAACUUUGAGUGACAGCAUGCGAAGAGACACUAUUUAGUUUAGACAGUAUUAGUGCAACUUAGUUCUGCUGAAUGUGUAAAUUUGACGUUUCCAUCAGUACGAUAGAAAUUAACUCAUAUUCAUAUGAGUUUGUCCCUAUAAUUAUAUUGUGUAAUUGGCACAUCGCGCUUAUUUCAAUGAAAAUGGCAUCUUUCUUGGCUUUCGUUAAUUGUAGGUAUAUCACGGUAAACUAAAAAUGGAAUUGAUAAUGGAAGCAACACAUGGGAGAUCUACACACUCUUAUAACCACAGAACACACUGUAUUCUAGAUUCUUUCCUCCUACAUUAUGAACACACUAUGUUCUGUGCUUAUAACUAAGUAUAAAUAAGUGUGUGAAUGAGAGGUCUGAAGGAGCAACGCCAUUUUCAAUCUCUCUUGAGCGUGUUAAUCGUCUUAAAUUUACUACGAAGCCAAGAAGAUUCGAGGAUAUCCGAAGAAUUCCAGCCAACUUCUUUUACUUAACGGUAAUUUUGUGAAAUGCAAUGUCAUUCCAAUUAUUUCCGAGUGCACGGGUUAGUAACUUUAAAAAGCUUGGUAUUCUUACGGCAUGGUCAUUCCUCACCUGUUGGAAGCGCGCCUUCCUAUGUUUGGGCUUAGCGUCGUCGGGCGGCUCCUCUGCGGGUAACGGCUGAGGCUCGCGCGGCGGCUCUAGGCUACCGCGCGAACCCCGCGGCGACGCGGACGCAUCGCCUUGCGACUGCGAACCUUGCGCACACAACCCGCCCCCCUCCAUGCUCCCGUCCCCCGACGCACUCCUGCGUACACCGUUAAACUCCGACCCCCCGCCCCCCGAGCCGCCGCCGCUACCAUCCAGAGGGUUCACAUACAAGUUUGACGAGUCGUUCUCGCAUGCGAUGUCGCCCUCUGAAGGAAAAGGGUGCGUAAGGCAUGAUGCAAAUGUAUCUGCAACGUAAGACAGACGCACAUGGAGCAAAGUGUUCUGUGCCGCCUGUAACGAACACUAGUACAUUUAAUAGAACACACUUAAGUAAGAGUACACGCGUGCUGGAAAAACAAUAAUGGACGUGGACUAAAAGUGAAGUAAGUUAACAUUUAGGUACAUAUCGUACGGUCAAGACAGGACGCUACGGGUAUUCAAUUAUAGAAAAGAAUUACUAAUUGACAUUUAAAGUUACGAUACUCAUAUGAGACCAUUCAUAUAAUGGACAUUAUUUAAAACACAUUAUGUACGAAUCUAGGUAGAUAGUUGAACAAACGUGAACAGUUUUAUUUCGGCUUCAUAACUAUUUAGUAACUGCUUCAAAGUUGAUUAGUGACUUAUAUAAUGAAACUGCAGCGUGACUGUUAACAUUUGUUCAAGUUGGCGAUAGUGAUGAUCGUACCAGGGCUGUCGAGGCUGUUAGGCGUGGCCUCAGGCAAGGCCUUGGGAGCGGGGUGCCGCUGCAAACAGGCUAGUUCCACACACACCGGUUGCCGCAGAUCCGAAGUUGACAUCGGCAUUAAUUGCUCUGCGUCUAUGAACUCCUUGUACCCCUGGUAAACAUACGUAGUCUUGCAUAAAAUAAAUUGCAAAUAUCUCAGAAUUCGUACAUUUAAAAGAAGAAAUAUUCAUAGAAGAUAGGAAAAUAAAGAAAAACGAUAAAAGAACUUGAUUACAGCACAAGUACAUAAUUUAGUUACUAUACCUAUUUAAGGUAGAGUUUAACUAAAACAAGUAAAAAAGAGAUUCAAGAAACAGCAUCGCUAGUAGAUUGUCUACCAUUUGCAUGAUAAAGAAGCAUUAAGUACAGUCAACAUCACCUCAGGAAACCAACCUUUUUUUAUUAUUUGGCGGUAUUGAGGUUAUUUCGUUUGAGAUACCUACUGCUUAAGUUACAUAACCCGAUGCGUGAUGAUAACUGUACGCAUACACGGUAACUAGGGAAUAUAAUUAGCUCAGCAUACUUACAGGAACGCGGCAGGUGGAAUUAACUAUCAAACUUAAUGUAAAAUUGUUAAAUAUUUAUUCACAAAUGCCACUUAGGUUGCAAAUUAUAAUAGAACUUGUAUUAUUUCACAAAGUUGCAUUGUGUUGAAAUUUUAUUAUUCAAGCUCUAAAGUUAGUAUAUUUAGUACCUUGAACGUGCAAAAACAACAUUCAAACUCAGAAGGCAGCUGAUCCAAGUCAAGCUGUUUGUCAGCCAUCUUCUUUUCCUAGAAAAAGAUAAAUCAUUAGUUGUUUGUUAUUAAUAUUUAUUUCAGCGCAGAAGAUAAAAGCUAUUCUUUAAGAGAAACUAUUAUUAUUUUUAGUUCGAACUAAUAUUAAACUUUAAGCGAUAAGUUUAGUUUGUUUAUUUGAAUGCGUAUUGUUAUAAAACAAAGUCCUAUUCAAAAUAAUCACUUUAGAUUUGUGAUAUGGCUCCGUAUUCUACUAACUACGUAGCGGUUCCUAUGCAAUCUGUGCAUAAUUGCUUAUGGGGAAUAAAGUAUAGGAAUGAUGUCUUACUGGUGUUGGAUCAGGAUUUAUGAGCAAGCGUUUCUCCGGCGUGUCCGGGCCUUCGUUAGAAUACCGGCGCUCUUUCUUAGGACUGCUCUGAAACUGUGAACUACGGUGUUAGCAGAAACCACUUCGUGCGUAAUAUUGCUGAAUGGGUGCGUCCGUAACUUUUAUGUGCAUGAAUUUUUUUUUAAAUAAAUCAUUCUUUACUGAUCAGAAAACAGCAGCAAGUCUUAUUUGUCAUAUUUGGGCUGCAUAAAAAUUAAGAUCAAUUGUGGGACAAAGUCUCAAGAAGCAAGUUUUCAUAGUUUGAAAUUAUCAAGGUGACGGUGCCAAAGCAAAAAUGAAUCACCUACUUAUAACACUAAAGAACUGUUGUGAUAAGAACUUACUUUAUUAAGCGAAAAAAUAUAAGGGAAAAGGUAAUUUUACAGUGAUAUUUGUCUAAUAUGUAUUAAUAAAAAUUGGCUCGCCCUGUGUCAUCAUCAAAGAUAGUGAACGCACCCAUCUAUUCGGACGAGGCUCUUACCUGGUUGGGUUCAGUACUCUGGGGUAUCUUAUUGGAGAUUGCAUGCUCGUAUUGUUUGUAGCAGCCGGUGGUAGCGGGUGCUUCCCCUUCCAAGCUAGUGGCAUCCGCCUGCGACAGGUUGUGUCCUGAAGACACAUACCACCGUCAGUAGCGACAAUUUUCACUUCUUCUCCGAUGCUGCUUCCAUUAUUAUAGCAGUUUAUAUAUAGUUUUAUGUAUUUAUUUAGCUUCAUUAGAAAUAAAGAAGUGGAUAACGUUCAAUAAAUGACGAACAAGUAAGAUAGCAGCGUGAACUACACAACACACAUUCCACACAAAUGUCUAACUCCAGCUUCCUCCGGAUACACACAUCAGACAGUCCACAUAGUGGUUAGUUCUAUAAAGCGUUAGGCUUACGCUGACAAUUCUAUCGACCUUAGAUUAUAGUGUCUUCGUCGCACAUCGCAAGCUACACGCGACGCGAGCCCGACCCGAGUUACGGAUAUAAAUAUAAGGGUCGAGUGUGACGACUGUGCGAUAGUAGCAAGUAGCUCAUCUGGUGUCGUCUCUCGCCUCAAUGAGGACGCACUUGUCACCUGAAGACAAGGAAUAAAACACUCUGAGUGCACCUCGUUGGAACGAACGCGGGAAGAUAGCUGUAGCUGCGAUGUAACGUGAACUAUUUGAAUUGAUUUUGAAGAUGUCUGCUAGUCCGGAGAGCUAAACGAUACGACACAUGCGUUCAUUCAACACUCAUUGCAUUCAUUAACACAAAUGCGGAAUGAGCACGGAGAACAUGCGUGCAAUGUGAAAGAAGAGGUUAGGAACACACGCUAGCAUAGGACACAUGACUAUGACUGGACAAGCGGCGCAAGCAAACAAUAGUAAAUAGUACUGACCUGUGUCUACGAUGACGUCGAUGAGAUCCAUGCUCUUGGCGAAGGCAUCGCGCAAAUUUAUAUGGUGGAAGGAAACGAUGGAGCCCUCGCGCUUAGCGCGCUCAAGCGCCUCCCGCCUCUUUAGCGCCUUUUCGCGCCGCAUCUGAUUCUUGUAAAACUCGGCGAAAUUGUUGACGAUAAUCGGGAUGGGUAACGCAAUUACCAACACGCCGCAAAUACAGCAAACUGAGCCGAUGACCUUGCCCAACGGGGUCGUGGGGUAAAUGUCACCGUAUCCGACUGUGGUCAUGGUGAUGCCGGCCCACCAGAACGUUUCCGGAAUGGAAAUGAAUUUAGUCCCCGGUUCUUCCUUUUCGGCGAAAUAUGCCAAUGAAGAGAAUAUGAGCACUCCCAUUGCAAGGAACAGCAUGAGCAGUCCCAGUUCUUUAUAAGAGUUUCUGAGUGUAAAACCGAGCGAUUGAAGCCCUGUAGAAUGUCGGGCGAGUUUGAGGAUACGCAGUAUUCGCAUUAUACGGAAGAUUUGUACAACGCGACGUACGUCUUGAAACUGGUCCGUCGCGUUCUUAUUCGUUUCGAGCAGAAAAAGAGAUACGAAAUAUGGCAGUAUAGCCAGUAAGUCUAUAACGUUGAGUCCACCUUUGAAGAACUUCCACUUAUCCGGUGAGGCACUGAAUCGCAGCACAUACUCGAGCGUGAACCACGUGAUGCACACGGCUUCUACCAUGGCUAGCUGCGGGUUGUCCAUGGGCGCGCCCUUCUCGUCGUACACUUGCAUCUGAGGUAUCGUGUUGAGAGUGAGCCCUAUCGUGGACAGCACGAUGAAGAGGAUCGAUAUCACUGCAAUCACCUGCAAUUAUGUCACCAGUGAGCGACCAGCAAGGGGACGCUCCUCGCCACCGCGCUGCCACAGUCAUAACCGGUGGCACAUAUGCAUCGCAUUCAUGUGUCAGGUCUCGAAGACAUGCCAGUGUCUAUACAAAACUAAUCUUCCUACUGUUUUUGUACAUCGGUAAAGCUGCGAACGAUCGUAGCGGUAGGUAGCAGUAUAGUCAUAAUGUAAGUAGAAUGUAGGUAGGUAGUAUUUACAGGACAAUUAUAAUAAAGCCAAUAUAUAACUUACGUAACAACGUCUUAACAUUACGCAUAAAUUUUGGUGUAAAAAUAACAUCUAUACGUGUGAUUAUGUUAGUAGUGUUGUGUGAUCGAGGUGUAGAUAAAGUAUCUCUAAUAUAGUAGUAAUAUUACAUGUGGGUGAACGGACGUGCGUUCAGUCGCGAGGCACGCUCGUCCGUCCAUCGCUCGGUUAGUCGGAUCAGUAUCACGAAGCGGAAGCGUCGGUGGGGGACCGGAGCCGAGCGGGGAAUGGGGUAGGAACUUAGGAAGGCAAGAGAGGGGUUAGAAGAAAUGACGGAUGCAAGGGUGAUUGAAAGGAUAGCGGGUAAAGGAGGGGGACGCCGGCACAGCGACGCUCAGCCUUAGUGGGAGGCGGCGCGGGCGCGGGUAGCGCACGACGCACGCCGGCGGGGUGCGGCGGGCGCAGCGCCGUCCCGUGCCGCCCCGCACGCGUGCCUCCGAGCGUCGCCAGCGGCGGCUGGUCACAUCGCGUAAGCCCAUCCCAUAUUGGCAACUUUGCGACAACAAUUAAGCUUUGUUUUUUUUAUCUCCAUUUGGAGAACGAACGACGCGGCUGUGAACAUGUAUAAAAAGAACUGUAACAAAAUUAUACAUCAAUUUCUCGUGUGAUAUAAUAUCAUACUUUAAAAAGCUUUGCAUUAUUGGAUAGAACCGAUUUAUUUAUAUAGCUAAUAUUGAUAUUACUGACAAGUGAAUUUUUAAAAUAAAUUCCUGUUUUUCAUUUAAAGUAAUUUAGUAUUUUUUUAAGUAUAACUUCGUUGAGCAAUUCAGUAUAAAAACAUGAUCUGAUUUAAAAAUUCACCCAUUUAUUAAGGCAUUAUAAAUCUAUAUAGAUUUCUCAACCUCCAAAAGGAUAUUAAACUCAAAAAAAGCAAAAAUGAAACCAUUAAACUUAAAAAUGUCAUUCAAUUCAAUAACUCCUUAGUAUAUAUUUAAAAAAUAGACACUUCUAACGAUGUGUUAUACGUUCAGAAUAAAUACCUUUAGAGCAGCUUGAAAUGUGUCAAUUGCAUGUACAAAAAAAAUGUUCAAAAAAAAAACUUAAGAUAAUAUAUAACAUCAUUAUUUGUACUUACAUACGCGUUAAUGGCACCGCCGUUGUCGAAAAUAAAACAUCAACUAUCUACAAGUGAAGCGAGAAGGUAUAACAUGGAUUCUAACUAAUUAGUUUUAGUUUGGAUUCGACAAAAGCGAUCACAUGUCAUCGUCACAGAACACUAGUCACAAUACAAUAUUAGAACACAACACCACAUUCCAUAAUACGAUCACAGGGACAGACACUUACUUAAUAUACUAUGGAGCAGAGAUAGAUGUUAUUCAUGCACCACAAAACUACACAAAUACCUAUCACUGUUAUUCGGCCUAGAGUUACACUUAUGUUAGAAAUAUUAAUACUCACUAUUAUUAGUUUUACUAACACUAAUCAUUUAACUAAGUAAUUUAUUUUACAAACUGUUAACAAAGUUGAAUGAGUUCGUGUUUAGAAUUCUGUUUAAAAAAUAUGUAAUUUAGUUCUUAGGUGUAACAAGUAAAACAUUCGACAGGUGAAAGGCGCAAUUUUAAAUAACUAACUGGGUGAUAGAAAUAUGUGUUUUGCGCUAUUUAAAAGUGUAUCAAAUAUUAUUGAAACAAUGAGUGUAUCAUAAUGUACAGGGCUUUAUGUAGACAAACUAAGGUGUGCAAAGUAAGAUAUUUUAAAUAGAUAUAUUGCUUUAAAUAUUUUAAAUCUUAUCAACAUAUAAAUAAAAUUAUAAAUCUUAUCACAAGUGAAUGUGAAGAAGUGCAAAAUUUUCUCACAAAAGACCAAAGCACCGAAACAGAAAAAACUGUAUACCUUUCUCGUGAAUAAAAUCGUGACGAAUAUAUUCCUGGCAGCUUUGCUAUUGUGGCGAGAUUAGUUCAAUUGGAAUAUUUAUUAAUAUUUUACAACGGGGGUCAAUACAUUACCCUGGCUGCAAUACUGGUGGUGGGCUUCUCGAGUAAGUCCCACAGCCAUUUCUGGUACUGAGCGCAGGUACCCUGACCAAAUUCCUCUUCCUCCCGUUGCCGGAGACUCUCCGCUUCCUUCCUCAUCUCUUCGUGUACGUGCUCCUUGCGCUGGUGGUAUUUGUGCUGACAACAUGACUCCAGAUAAAGCUCAUCUACACCCCAAUAUUCGAGGUCGUCGCUAAACGCGAGCACGCACAUUUCGUCCACCAAAUGCAGUUUUCCAGUGCGGUAAAAGUUUAAGAUGGAACUGAAGCUCUUCGGGUGUCUGGAAUUUAAAGACAGUACAAGCUUUAUUAUAUGAAGAAGGAAGAAAGUUAUACUAAGUCAGAGAAAUCAGGAGCGACAUAAAAGCGACAGGGAAAAUUUAAAUAAAGUAUGUAUAUGUAUAUAGGUCUUAUUUUAUUUAAAACCAUUUGAAAAAUAUGAAGUAUUGCCUGUGGUAUUGCCGAAUUAGUAGCUAAAUAAUAACUCUACUAUCUUUGUAUUCCCAUAUUCAAAAC